AUGAACAAAAACGUGGCGUUCGGAGCACUGCCUACCCAGUCCAGCACGUAUCAAUGGGCAACUGCUGAGCGAGCCAAUGACGGUAACAGCGACAGCAACUUCAGGCAUGGUUCUUGCACGCAAACCAAUAAAUCCAAAAAUCCUUGGUGGAGAGUCGACCUAAUACACAGCUACAACGUGUCAGGUGUAAGAAUCAGCAACAGAGCAGACUGCUGCUCGGAUCGGCUUCAAGGAGCCGAGAUCCGCAUCGGGGACUCUGUGUCGAACGAUGACAAUCGCAACAGACUAUGUGGAACCGUGGAUUCAGUUUCUUUGAUAACAUUGAACUUCAAUUGUGGUGGAAUUGUCGGUCGAUAUGUGACCAUUAUCAUCCCAGGGUAUAAUAAAACCUUGACCCUGUGCGAGGUUGAUAUCAUCGGUUCUGAACUCCCGUCGUUACUUGGAUCAGGAAACGUGGCGUCCGGAGGACGGCCGACCCAGUCCAGCACGUAUGCAGGGGCAGGUGCUCAUCGAGCCAAUGACGGUAACAGCGACAUCCACUUCAGGAGUGGAUCAUGCUCGCGCACCAGGAAAUCCACAAACCCUUGGUGGAGAAUCGAUCUAAUAGAGAUCUACAAUGUGUCAGAUGUAAUAAUCACAAACAGAGCAGACUGCUGUUCAUUUCGCCUCCUAGGAGCCGAGAUCCAUAUCGGGAACUCGCUGGAGAACGAUGGCAAUUCUAACCGACUGUAA